CAGACAGCAUCACACCGCGCUGACCAGACGCUUAGUCAUUCAUCAACUGGAUUAAGGCAUUUCAGUAACCAUGAUUCCAUUGAGUAUUUUGCUCCGCGGUGCCUCCAUCCUGGCCCUGGUGUGCGUGGUGUCCGCCGCCCCGCAAGGAUACGGUGCCGGAGGCGACGGCGGACUGGGAGUCGAUCUCGGCGGCGCAGGAGGCCACGGUGGUGCAGGAGGCCACGGCGGCAGCGGCGUUGGCGGCGGCAGUGUCCUUCCCGGCGUCCUGGUCGGCAGCGGGAUCCUUCCUGAAAGUGCCAUUGGCGGUGUAGGUGGUGGAGUUGGAGGUGGUGCUGCUGGAGGUGUCGUCGGUGGGGAAUACAGCGCACCAAGUGCCGGUGCCGCUGGAGGCUUCGACGCUGGAGUUGCUGGAGGUGCUGCUGGUGUCGUCGACGAAGGAUACAUCGUCCCGGCUGAAGUCUCUCCCGUCAGCCCCCCUGAAAGCGAAUAUGCUGCACCACACUAACUUUGCUGUCAUUGCUAAUAAAAGAAUUAUAAGA